UUUUAAAAGUCAUGAACAAUCUUAAAUUCGAUCUGUUUGAAGAAAGUCGAAGACACAUUUAAAAACAGGAACUUGCAAUCAGCUAUGUCGACGGGAGGAAAACCUGAACAAAGCGCGAAAUCAAAGCUUUUAAAUCAGCAAGAGGAGAAAGAGAUUACAAUCGACCCUUUAAACAGAUUUUCAGAGAGCAAGAAAUUUAUACAAAACAUAGCAGAUGUAGCUCUUAUGAUGGCAAAUAUUUCACAGCUGCGAGCAGUUUUGGGUCUAGGGGACAAAAACGAAUUUUAUAUUCCUCUUCUUACACUCAUAAUUCUAUCAUUAGUGUCACACACAUUGUUUGUUUUUAUAACUGUAAUUAGAGGACAUUUCAUUCGAAAACAUCAAACUGCAGUGCGUCGAGCGGUGAAGAAGUCCAACUCCCAAGAAGUUAACGCAGAGCCAAACGGAAAUAAUUCAUCGCCAUCUAGAGGAUCAGACGCAGUUCAGUCAAAGGUGGAGACAGGAACCGUGGGAUUUUGUUGCUGUUGUGUUAAAAAGGAAAGAAUCGAUGAAUAUUCCGAUACCACUUAUUGCCAGUGUCCACAUUGCCAUACUGAUCUUUAUCUAGGUUAUUUAUGUUUCUUUUUCGUAUUCAUAACUAUUUGUGCUAAUAUAGGUAUUACCGGAAUUGGAAUCUCUGGAGAUUGUAAAUCUUAA